AUGAGGUCAACUGAAGAAAAUUCAGCUGAAGUAGAAGAAUCAACUAGCUUGGUAGAUAAAGAACCAGAUCCAUCUCCUUUCCAGAAACCUUUGGCACAGCCGCCUCUUAUUUUAGAUUACAAAUGUCUGCACAAAAAUGUAAACUGGGAUAUAUUGGAAUCUGAAGUCUUCUGUCUGACUGGGGGACAAGACCAAGACAAUAGAGCACUGCUAAUUAUGUCUCCUUCCAAAGCACCAUCGGGAUUGAGCCAGAAAGACCUUCAGGAAACCAUUGUGUAUUUCUACUCUCUUCUCAGAUCUGAUGUGCGUGAUUUGGGCAUGACCCUCAUUUUGGAUCUGCGAGAUUGCACAGCCAACAUGGAGGCUUUCCUAGAAAUGCUUCACAACAGCAAGGACACAGUCCAUGGUUGUAUAAAUCGCACCUUAUUUGUUUAUGAUGCAGAGAAUGCUGCUACAGUUCAAAGUGACCUUCAACAAACACAGGUUGUAUUAGUAUCAGAACUGGCAAAGUACGUUGGGGCUGAAGAGCUCCCAGAAAACCUUGGAGGAGAGAAGCCUUAUGAGCAUGCUGAAUGUGUGAGGAGCCAACGGUUUUCUUCCAGCCAUGGUGUGCUCAAACUCAAUGCUUGGUUCCAGAUGCCUUCCAGCCAUUGUGUGCUCAAUCUCAAUGCUUUAUUCCAGUUGCCUUCCAGCCAUUGUGUGCUCAAUCUCGAUGCUUGGUUCAAGUUGUCUUCCAGCCAUUGUGUGCUCAAACCCAAUGCUUGGUUCGAGUUGUCUUCCAGCCAGUGUGUGCUCAAACUCAAUGCUUGGUUACAGUUGUCUUCCAGUCAUUGUGUGCUCAAACUUAAUGCCUGA